CAUGAGGUGUCGGCUUUAGAGUAUGCUGCAGCAGAAAGUUUACCUAUUAGACAUGUUUUAAUUGAAUACUUGUAUUCUGCAUCUUACUCAUCACCUGAAAAAUGUGUUGCUACAAAGACAAAAACAAAAGUAGUUGAAGAAGUCAAAGAGAUUAAGGCCACUUUAUCUGCAAAAAUAAUCACAAAGUCUCAGUCAACCACAGUUUCUAUUGGGGAGACAGCCAGAUUCACAUGUGAUAUUGAUGGUGAACCAGCACCAAGAUUGACAUGGUUGCACGAAGGAACCACCAUUGUGUCCUCUCACCGUUACCUGGUGACUACACCACAGUACAAGUCUACAUUUGAAAUCAUCUCGGUUGAGAUUUCUCAUGAGGGCAACUACAUAGUGAUGGUGGAGAACUCAGAAGGCACACAAGAGGCAAGAUUUUCCUUGCCCUUCCGUAAACCACCACCUAAACAGGAGGUUCCUGCCCCACUUCCAAGUGUGAAAUCCCCUGAGCCUGAGGUAAAAUCCCCAGAACUUUCUCAAGUAACCUCACCAGAGCCCCGAGUCAAAUCACCUGAGAGUGUGAAGUCACCAGAACCAUUUACUUCACCAUCAGAACUGAAGUCACCAAGCCCAGUCAAGUCUUCAGAGCCAGUGACUCCACCACAGAGGGUGGCAUCCCCCCCAACUGUUAAAUCUCCAGAGCCCAUUACAUCACCACCAAGGGUGAAAUCUCCAACGAUCAUCAAAUCUCCUGAACCAAUUCUUUCACCACGAAGGGUGAAAUCCCCACCCAGAGUCAAAUCACUAGAUCCUGUCCUGUCACCUAAAUGGGUAAAGUCCCCAACCAAAACUGCCCCACCAAAGAUUGUUCAGCAGCUUAUAGCAGAGGCUUCUGAGGACAAAGUGAAAAUAUACUGUGUUGCUGAAAACAUGGUGGUGAAGGAAGUUGUGUGGUACAAAGGCAGGAAAAAAAUGACACAAGGCAGUAUCUAUGGCGUCUCUGAGAGUGACCAAGGUGAAUACACCUGUGAGAUUACUACAGAAGGGAGACAUGUCCAAAACAUUAUUCUCUUUCACUGGCCAAGUGUUCCAGAGCAUACUCCAAAGUAACAGCUUUUGUAGCAACGCACAUGGCAAUU